CGGUGCAGCUACGGUCACGUCGGAUCCGUUUGGGAUUUCAUUGCGAAAAAAUAAAAGAAUCAAGGCAACGGCGCGGCGACGACGACUCAACUGCAAUUUGAAGAAAAGUUGUGGGUGCUUGGCAGACAGAGAUUCAGGGCGUGUGACAGCGAUCGCGAGUGUAGUGCUAAUUACCCGUUCGCAGGCAAAGUGACACAGGCACGAGCGGCAAAAUGAGCGCACCUGGCAUGGAUAAAAGAAAACUCUCCACAUCGGGCGACUCGCUCUACGAAAUCCUGGGACUUCCGAAGACGGCCACCGGCGAUGAUAUCAAAAAGACGUACCGGAAACUCGCACUCAAAUACCAUCCCGACAAGAACCCCGAUAAUGUCGAUGCGGCCGAUAAGUUCAAAGAGGUGAACCGGGCCCACUCGAUACUGAGCGACCAGACCAAGCGCAACAUAUACGACAACUACGGAUCCCUGGGCUUGUACAUAGCAGAACAAUUUGGCGAGGAAAAUGUCAAUGCGUACUUCGUGGUCACUUCGCCGGCUGUGAAGGCGGUGUUCAUUUGCUGCGCAGUGAUCACUGGAUGUUGCUGUUGUUGCUGCUGCUGCUGCUGUUGCAACUUCUGCUGCGGCAAAUUCAAGCCGCCGGUCAACGAGUCCCACGACCAGUAUUCACAUCUGAAUCGCCCUGAUGGCAAUCGAGAGGUCAACGAUUUGCCACCGCAUUUGGGACAGCCGCCACGUCUUGAGGACGCCGAUCUUGACGACGUGAAUCUAGGAGCGGGCGGAGCCCCCGUGACCUCACAGCCGCGCGAACAGGCCGGAGGACAGCCCGUUUUCGCCAUGCCGCCUCCCAGUGGAGCCGUGGGAGUCAACCCUUUCACCGGUGCUCCCGUGGCUGCUAACGAGAACACAUCGCUGAACACAACGGAGCAGACCACUUACACGCCAGAUAUGGUUAAUCAAAAAUAUUAGUCAAGUGCUGCGAGCGAAUCAAGCCCCAUGUGCAUGCGUACGCCACACAUUCAGAUACAGACACAGAAAAAUACAAACCCCUAAAUCGUAACAGAAAAAGAAAACCAGAUUUAUUUCCUAAUUAUUAAAGUUGUUUUUAAGAUGCGCGAUAUGUUGAAGCGAGUAAACAUAAAAACCUAUGUAUUUAUUUUAAGCCGUAGCACUUAGCUCUAAUUUUAAACAAUCUUACUUGGUGGCGGCCUCGUGGCCAGUCGUGUUGAUCUUGUUCCACUUCGGAUAAGUUUCACCAAUUCCAUUGUUUAAGCCAGUUACCUAGCUCUACAGCUAUAUAAAACUCGAAUCGAUAGCCAAGCUGCGCACCCACCAUCUCCACCUAUCCAGCCAUGCUAAGAACACCUGCGGUGUUAAUUAAAUUAUAUAUCGGGAGUUUAUCUAGACAUUUGCUUGGGGAUCGGAUCCCUUUCGGCGUAGCUCCGUGACUUGGGAGUCAGCCGCAGUGGACAAUGAAUCGACUUCUCGCGAAGAGAGGCACUGUAAUUAUAUAUAUGUAUAUGAUAUGUGUAUCUAGUUUGCAUUUGUGUCGUCGCCUAGUCUAGCUUAAUUGUUCGCAAGAUCGCCUCUUCACCGAUUGUUUCUGUUAAUUUGCACUAAAUUGUUAAAGCCCAAACUACUUAUGUAAAGAAGAUGAAUUGUCGAGCGACGCGCCAAGCAGAUUGCUCCGAUCCGAUUCUAAUGCAAAUGUAAAUAAGUCAACUUAAGCAAUUAAUCAUCACACAGUCAAGCAGCAGAGGUCGAUGAAGAAGGACACUAUAAAAGGCGAAAGUUAAUGGAAAGAUAAAUUAUAUAACAGAUAUUAAUAAUCCUCUCUUUAUAUAUAUAAAUUAAAUACGAGUAAUCAAAAGUUAAAUUGUAACCCCUGAAAGUAUUGCACAUAUGUAUUCUAAAAUUAUUUUCAAAAUGAAUUGUAUCCUGUUUGAUUUUCGUUUAAUUGUUAACCCGCUUUUAAAUGUAAAUGAAUGCAAUUAGUACGGCAGUAGCUAACUUUUAUAUACCUAGAACCCCCCAUUAUAAAUCAUUGACAUAAAUUAUGCGGAUCAGCUCUGGGCCAGGUUUGAACUUAUAGGGUUCGUAUGUCCGAGUGUUCCUGGCUCAUCUAUAGAAGAAACAUGCAUAUAUGAAAUUCAAUUAAUGAUAAUUACAUUUUGAGGUCUUGCCUGUGUAUUUAUUGUUCGUACAAGUCAAAGGCAAAAAUACUAAGUAAACUAAAUUUAAACUUAACAAUUGUUUCCAAAUUUCAAUUGUAUUCUGGUAUAACACGAAGAAACCGAAAUAAAUUUACUAUACAAACUCA